ACUCCUGAUUGUGUGAUAUAUAUCUUGAGCUUACAAGCAAAAAUAUAUAUAUUACUAAAACUUUGUUGAAAGUUGCAAUUGAUCACUUGAGUAAAAGAAAUAUAUUUAAUAUAAGAUAUAUAAUGUGGAGGCUAAAGAUAGGUGAUGGUGGAAAGGACCCAAACAUAUUCAGCCUUAACAACUUUGUUGGGAGGCAAACAUGGGAGUUUGAUCCUAAUGCUGGGACUCCUCAAGACAUAGCUCAAGUUGAACAUGCUCGUCAACAUUUUUACGACAACCGUUUCAAGUUUAAGGCAUGUGGUGACCUUCUUUGUCGAUUUCAGAUUUUGAGAGAAAAUAACUUCAAACAAACAAUAGCAGAUGUGAAGAUUAAAGAUGGAGAAAAAAUAACAGAAGAAAAAGUCAGAAGCACAUUGAGAAGGGCAGUUCAUCACCUAUCAGCAUUGCAAUCUAGUGAUGGCCAUUGGCCUGCUAUAAAUACAGGCCCUCUGUUUUAUAUUCCUCCCUUAGUCUUUUGUUUAUACGUAACAGGACAUCUUGAUUCGGUGUUAUCAGAAGAGUAUCGAAAAGAGAUUCUUCGUUACAUAUAUUGUCACCAGAAUGAAGAUGGAGGGUGGGGACUACAUAUAGAGGGUCACAGUGUGAUGUUUUGCACCGUACUAAACUACAUAUGUAUGCGAAUUCUUGGAGAAGGUCCUAAUGGUGGUAGAGAAAAUGCUUGUGCUAGAGGAAGACAAUGGAUUUAUGAUCAUGGUGGUGUCACACAUGUACCUUCAUGGGGAAAAUUUUGGCUUUCGAUACUUGGUAUAUUCGAUUGGGGUGCGAGCAAUCCAAUGCCUCCUGAGUUUUGGAUGCUUCCUUCAUUUCUUCUUAAACAUCCAGUUAGAAUGUUGAGUUAUUGUCGAUUGGUAUACAUGCCUAUGUCUUACUUGUAUGGAAAAAGGUUUGUGGGUUCGAUCACACAACUUAUCUUAAAGUUGAGAGAAGAACUCCUUCCUCAAUCUUAUGAAAAAGUUAAUUGGCAAAAAGUACGUCAUCAAUGUGCAAAGGAAGAUCUUUAUUAUCCUCAUCCUUUAAUACAAGAUCUAAUAUGGGAUAGUUUAUACAUAUUAAUGGAGCCACUUUUGACUCAUUGGCCUUGUAACAAAUUAGUUAGAGAAAAAGCCCUCCAAAUAGCAAUGAAGCAUAUUCAUUAUGAAGAUGAGAAUAGUCGAUACAUAACUAUUGGUUGUGUAGAAAAGGUUUUGUGCAUGCUAGCUUGUUGGGUGGAAGAUCCAAAUGGAGAUGCUUUCAAGAAGCAUCUUGCAAGAAUCCCAGAUUACUUAUGGGUGUCAGAAGAUGGAAUGACUUUACAUAGUUUUGGUAGCCAAACAUGGGAUGCUAGUUUGAUAAUUCAAGCUUUGCUUGCUACUAACCUUAUUGGGGAUAUUGGUCCAAUACUUGCGAAAGGACAUGCAUUCAUUAAGAAUUCUCAAGUUAGGGAGAAUCCUUUGGGAGAUUUUAGGAGCAUGUAUCGUCAUAUUUCUAAAGGGUCAUGGACCUUCUCUGAUCGAGAUCAUGGAUGGCAAGUUUCUGAUUGUACUGCAGAGGGAUUAAAGUGUUGUCUCCUUCUAUCAAUGUUGCCUUCAGAGAUUGUGGGGGAAAAGAUGGAACCCGAAAGGUUAUACGAUUCGGUCAAUAUCUUAUUGUCUCUUCAGGGUAAAAAGGGUGGUUUACCCGCUUGGGAGCCAUCAGAAGCUCUCAAAUGGUUGGAACUACUUAAUCCGAUAGAAUUUCUUGAGGAAAUUGUAGUUGAGGGUGAAUAUAUUGAGUGCACAUCAUCAUCAGUUCAAGCUUUGGUUAUGUUUAAGAAGCUAUAUCCAGAGCAUAGGAAAGAGGAGAUAGAUAAAUUCAUUGCAAAAGCGGUUCAAUUUAUUGAAAAUAAACAAACAUAUGAUGGUUCAUGGUAUGGAAAUUGGGGAAUUUGCUUUACUUAUGGUACUUGGUUCGCACUCACUGCUCUUGUGGCUGUUGGCAACACUUAUUACAAUUCUGCUGCUAUUCGUAAGGGUGUCAAUUUUUUGCUUACAACACAAAGAAAUGAUGGUGGGUGGGGUGAGAGCUAUCUUUCUAGUUCAAAAAAGAUAUAUGUACCUCUUGAAGGAAGUCAAUCAAAUAUUGUACAAACAUCAUGGGCUCUUAUGGGUUUAAUUCAUGCUGGUCAGAUGGAGAGAGACUCUACUCCUCUUCAUCUUGCUGCAAAAUUGAUAAUCAAUUUCCAACUACAAGAGGGUGAUUGGCCGCAACAGGAACUCACAGGAGUAUUCAUGAAAAAUUGCAUGUUGCAUUACGCAAUGUAUAGAGAUAUUUUUCCAAUGUGGGCUUUAGCUGAAUAUCAUAGACAUAUUCUACUAUCUUCUACUUCAGUUUAAAAUGUAAAAUUGAGCAUAAAAAACCAUAUCAAUAAAUAAAGAAUAUUGUUAGUAGUAAUCCUUUUGUCACCCUCUUUCCAACAUUCACUCUUUUAUUGAGUGAAAUACAUGU